UCUAGCCAUAACGACUCGUGCAAUUGAAAGAGAGAUUUGAUAGCCUCAACUCAAGUAAGGGUUUUCUCUUUGAGAAAAUCGUAUCUUACACCUUUUGGUGACCACUUUGAGUGAGAGAAGAGAAAUUAAGAGAGAUACUCAAAUUAGAUUCAAGAGAGAUGGCCAUCAACCAUGAAACUUGGGCUUUCAUUUUCGGUCUUCUAGGCAACGUGAUCUCCUUUAUGGUGUUCCUCGCUCCAUUACCAACUUUUUACCAAAUCUACAAGAAAAAAUCUACGGAUGGGUUUCAAUCACUACCUUAUAUUGUUGCACUAUUCAGUUCAAUGCUCUGGAUUUAUUACGCACUCGUCAAAAAGGAUGCUAGCCUCCUUCUCAUUACUAUUAACUCCUUUGGAUGUGUGAUAGAGACGAUAUACCUUGCAAUCUUCCUAAUUUACGCCCCAAGCAAAACCAGGCUUUGGACCAUCAAGCUUCUUCUCAUGUUGAAUGUUUUUGGAUUCGGAGCAAUGCUUCUUUCAACCCUCUACCUUACAACGGGUUCCAAACGUCUUUCUGUGAUAGGAUGGAUUUGCCUUGUUCUCAACAUAAGCGUUUUUGCUGCUCCUCUUUGCAUCAUGAAACGUGUCAUAAAGACGAAGAGUGUGGAAUUCAUGCCUUUCAGUUUGUCCUUCUUUUUGACCAUAAAUGCUGUCAUGUGGUUCUUCUAUGGCCUUCUCCUCAAGGACUACUACAUCGCACUCCCAAAUACUCUUGGGUUUCUAUUCGGCAUAAUCCAGAUGGUGCUGUAUUUGAUUUAUAGAAACGCCAAGCCACAAGGAUUGGAGGAGCCAACGAAGGUUCAGGAACUAAAUGGCCAUAUUAUUGACGUUGUGAAGCCGAAUCAUGUAACAAAAAAUGGUCCUGUGCCUGUGAUUGAGACAGCUAGCAAUGUGUGAACUAGAAGCAAUAAUGUACCAAGUCCAAAGAGAAAGAAGGAAAGGAAAAAAAAAAUGAGGUCCCAAAAUAUUUAAUCUAAAAGUACAAUUACUUUAAUUACUUUGCCAAGUGGGGCCUCAUUCAACGCAAGAACGUACGUACGUGUAAUUUGGUAUUAAUAUUUAAGGGUUCUUCUUUUGAUUAACGUAUUUGCCUGAACGGGUAGCUGUAAUAUGUUAGGUUUUCAAUUGUGUUAGCAUGAGAGUCUCUCUUUGGCCUUUUCCAUCACUCUCUCAUUGUAGUAAAACGUGUAACAACGUAUCUUCUCUAUCUUCUUUUUCAGUGUGUACCCUCAGUCAAACUCCUCAAUUCUUGUACGCGUAAUAUAUGUUCAUGUGAUGGAAUUAAUUAAUUAUUGUUUUACUAAUUAUGCAA